ACCUCGCGUAAGCGCGCGCUGGGCAAAGCGUUUGGCGGGUUUUUCCUGGCUGUGCUUUUCUCUGAGAAGCUAAGGGGUAGCUUUCGCAAGCAAGUUUUCUAUCUGGAUCGAUACUUCUCUAGGGUAUUUGAAGUAUUUCUUUGUGACCUGGUGGCUGGGGUCGUCUGAGGGCUUAGGCCAGGUAGUCCCGUGACGCGUCCCUGUCACCUUCCCGCAAAGCGAAAGGAUAAGUAAGCUUCUGCAGGGCAGACUUGACCUGAGGUCGGAGCCCGGCGGCAGGCGCCCGGCCGCUCCCGGGUCACCAUGGCCGUGUCCACCCAGCAGCUGGCGGAGGAGCUACAGAUCUUCGGCCUGGACUGCGAGGAUUCCCUGAUGGAGAAACUGGCAGAGCUCUGUGUUCUGUACCGACAGACUGAGGAGGGAAUGGUCAGCGAGCUUAUUGCCUUCUGCACCAGCACAGGGAAGUCCUGCCUCACUGCACAGAUCCUGAACUCUUUUGAACACGAGGUUCUGAACAAAAAACUUUCCAAAGCCUGGCACAGUGCUUCCAAAGACAGCGGGCACGCAGGAGCCAGAGACAUCGUCUCCAUACAGGAGCUAAUUGAAGCAAAGGAGGAAGAGGAGACCCUUCUGAGUGCUUACACCACACCCUCUAAGGGUCCUCACAAGCGAGUUAGCAGCACCCCAGAAACCCCCCUAACCAAAAGGAGUAUCUCCACUCGCAGCCCACAUCAGCUUCUCUCACCAUCAAGUUUCUCCCCGAGUGUUACUCCCUCCCAGAAAUACAACUCCAGAACCAACCGGGGAGAAGUGGUCACCACCUUUGGCUCAGCUCAGGGCGUGUCUUGGUCCGGGAGAGGAGGCUCUGGAAGCAUCAGUCUGAAGGUCAUGGGGUGUCCAGAGCCACUCACUGGAAGCUACAAAACUAUGUUCCAGCAGCUCCCAGAUAUUCGAGAAGUUCUGACGUGUAAGAUAGAAGAGCUUGGCAGCGAGCUGAAGGAGCAUCACAAGAUCGAGGCCUUCACUCCUCUCCACGUCCCAGCACAAGAGCCUGUCACCCUGCUGGGUCAGAUUGGCUGUGAUAGCAACGGGAAGCUAAACUGCAAGUCAGUGAUUCUCGAGGGAGACCGAGAGCACUCCUCCGGCACUCACAUUCCGGUGGACCUAUCCGAACUCAGAGAGUAUUCUCUCUUUCCUGGACAGGUUGUAAUUAUGGAAGGAUUCAACACCACUGGUAGGAGACUUACUGCCACCAAACUCUAUGAGGGCGUGCCGCUUCCGUUCUAUCAGCCUACUGAAGAGGAGGGAGAUUUUGAGCAGACUAUGGUGUUAGUUGCCUGUGGACCUUAUACCACCUCUGACAGCAUCACAUACGAGCCCCUGCUUGAUCUGAUCGCUGUCAUCAACUGUGAUCGGCCAGAUGUCUGCAUCCUGUUGGGACCUUUUCUGGACGCUAAACACGAACAGGUGGAGACCUGUAAGUUGACAAGCCCAUUCGAAGAUGUGUUCAAGCAAUGCCUGAGAACAGUUAUCGAAGGAACGAGAAGCUCCGGCUCCCACCUUGUCUUCGUCCCAUCUCUGAGGGAUGUGCAUCACGAGCCUGUAUACCCACAGCCACCUUUCACCUUCUCCGAACUGCCUCGAGAGGACAAAAAGCGAGUGCAGUUUGUGUCGGACCCCUGCACCCUCUCCAUAAAUGGAGUGAUGUUUGGUUUGACCUCCACGGACCUGCUGUUCCACAUUGGGGCUGAGGAGAUCUGUAGCUCUUCCGGAACUUCAGACAGAUUCAGCCGAAUCCUCAAGCACAUCCUGACGCAGAGAAGCUACUACCCACUUUACCCGCCCCACGAGGACAUGGCCAUAGACUAUGAGAACUUCUAUAACUACGCCCAGCUACCAGUCACCCCUGAUGUCUUCAUAGUGCCGUCAGAGCUGAGGUACUUUGUGAAGGACAUCUUUGGCUGUGUCUGUAUGAAUCCUGGGCGGCUCACCAAAGGACAAGUGGGUGGCACCUUUGGCCGCCUCUACCUCAGGAGGCAGCCCAAAGACAUGGAUGGUGAGGGCAGGCCAGGCCUGAGUGUGGCUGCACAGGUGGUCAGAAUCUGAGUCUUCAGCCUGAGUUGUCUGGCCUCAUAGACACCAAGAGCCCAAGUAUGACCCUCUGAUGACCAAACUGUCAGGGUACCUGAUAGGGAUCUGGCCAUGGGGACAGGACUGCAGGGCUGCACCAUCCAGUCAUGGUCCCUGCUGCCCCUCAGCCCCACGCAGCAUAGCCUUGGUCUGAAUCAUGCCUCUCGCCUCUCCUUGCUUCACAAGGUAGAUGUACAGAAGUGAACCAUCUAUAGAGACAGCCCUUCCAGAAAGGCUUUCUUUUUCCAGGAAAACUUUGUGAUUUUCUGUAUAAAUCAAGCACAGCGUGUGGAGAAAUAAAAAUUUUUUAGCAUAACUGA